AUCCCAGAGCACAUGGCAUAUAGUCAAAACUUCUCCUUUAUCUUUUUCUUAAGUCACUUGCUAUGGGUUGAUACUGUUUUGUUGCAGAUUACUUCCCAAAGUCAGGUUAAGGAGAUCAAAAAACUGUAUUUUCUGCUAUAGUUUGACUUAUAAUCUUCUCUAAGAUUCUUGUAGAUUGAAGUUACAUGGAGAAGGUCAUAGUAAUAGUUUUGUUUACUUGAAGUUUGAAUCUGUCUUCAUUACACGGUUAGGGCUGUGGUAAGGGAAUGAGAGAGUGGCUUCUUACUAGUUUUUUGAAGUUCUAAGUUAUGUAUAUGCCAGAGCAUUUCCCUGGAAUGUAUAUACCAUUCCAAGACCUGUGAAAUUUAGUGAUUCUGUUUCUGAUAGUGACAGAAUCUAAGUACUGUAUGUCUUCUAUUCAAUAUACUAAAAAACUUUGUGAGUCAAAAAGGUGCUCCAGGUAUGUAAUAUCACUCAGUAUUUGGAAGAUGUCCAUGAUGUCGUAAAGCAGUAAGUCACUGAAACAUACUCAAGGCAGUACUUAAAGAGAUUAUCUGACAUGAAAGAUUAGAGAGACAAUUUGUAGGCUUCACACUCUCACGUGACUUUAAACCCCUGGCAGGGAUAGCAGAUGAGCUUCCUCAAAAUAAAACCUAAAUCAAGGUCCUAAGUUUAUAAUCCUAGGUUUCAACCUUUCAAAACUAUUGACUUUGAUGAAAUUGCUGAAUGCAACAAACCAAAUCUGUGUUAAUCACAAAGCUACUCCAGCUAGAGUAUUGAUUAUACCUCGUUGUGUGUGUCAGCACAAACAGGCAGGUGGGACAGCCACAAAGUCAUGUCUAGAAUCCAAAGGGUAAAUUUAUUUCCAUUACUUUGCUAACGGGGUAUUGCUGAAGCAGCACCCAGGCAGAGGAAAACAAGCGGAGACACAGGCACCAGUAAAUCAUGCUGCUGUUCACAUAGGCUUAUCAAGAGUUAUUUCCAGCUGAAAGGCAGCUUUGCAAUCCUCCCUGCCAGUGUUCCACUUUUUAACCCUUUCUUCCCAAGACCUGAACUGCAAGUUUUAAGAUAGAUCUUUGGUUUUGAGCUGUAGAUAUCUGCUCCAUUUUGGUGCUGAAUCAUGUGGAAGCUCAGGGCAGUCUACUUGAAAAAUGUCCUAUACCUACUCCAGCUAAAAGCUGGCAAACUGACAGGUUGCUUAGGUAUUCAUUUCCUCUUGUAUUUAUGGAUUGCUGGAGUUCUGGUGCUGGGAUAGAGAAGAAAAGUAGGUGAGGCAAAUGAGACUUGUUGAAUAUUUAUCUUGGAUUUGAUCUCCUAAAGCUCUGGAGAAGAGCAUGUUCCUCAGUGCUGGUCUGUGAUCAUUCUGUUUACUAUAUAAGGUACAAAUACUUUCUAUCUAAAAAGUUGUACUAAUUUUUAUUGCAUGCAAGAUGUACCAAUAAAGAAAGAAGUGAGGAAUGAGGAAACACAUCUGGCAUCUAUGUAUAGUGAAUGUAUGUGAAUGUUUCUGUCCUUUUACUCCUAGCCAUUUACUCUUCUAUUCUGGUACUCCACACAGAAGCAAAUGGGCAAAAGAAAAUUAGAAGCAUCUAUUGUCAUUUGAGCCUUAGGAGCUAAAAUAUUUGCUUGAGAAAAAUAAAAGCUUUAGUUAAAUGUGUUUGUACCUUUAAAUUUGCAAUUAUCUAUUUCCUUUAUGUUAUAAUUUAUUCCUUCCUCUCCCUUUUUUCCUUUUCCUUUUCCCCUUGUUUUUCCCUUCCCCUGUUUUCCCCCAUGUUUUCCCUCUCCUUUCCUUCCCUUUGGCAUUCUUUUGCUACAAAAACUUCCAAAAGGAGAAAGGGAAGGUAGGACUCUAGUUCUUAACUUUUUUCAGUGCUUUUUGAAAAGUGUCUUGCAUCCUAUCCUACCCUAGAGCUGUUUCCUCUCUGAAAUUCUGAUUGGUCUCUGUUAUCCUAACAAAUUUCAAUCUUCUAGGUUUCAUUCCUGCUUCUAAAAGACAAGAGAGCUCAUUUCCACCGAGUUGAUUUAGUGAAAAUCAGAAGCAGGACUUUUUUGUGUAGUAAUUAGAAGAGACGAGGAGAAAAGUCUCUUCAAAUGGCAUGGGAAUUCCGUAUAAACAACUGACUGUGGGUGUCCCCAAGGAGAUAUUUGAGAAUGAGAAGAGAGUGGCUCUGUCACCGGCUGGAGUUCAAGCCUUGGUUAAGCAAGGCUUCAAUGUUGUGGUGGAAUCUGGUGCUGGAGAAGCUUCUAAAUUUUCUGAUGACCAUUACAGAGAAGUUGGAGCAAAGAUCCAGGGGACCAAGGAAGUUCUGGCUUCUGAUUUGAUUGUGAAAGUGAGAGCUCCUAUAUAUAACUCAUCUCUAGGUGUACAUGAGGCAGAUCUUUUCAAGACAGCAGCAACCCUGAUUAGUUUUAUCUACCCAGCACAAAAUCCAGACCUCCUGAAAAAACUUGCAGAAAAAAAAGCUACUGUCUUGGCUAUGGAUCAGGUUCCACGGGUCACCAUUGCUCAGGGAUAUGAUGCACUCAGCUCCAUGGCCAACAUUGCUGGUUACAAGGCUGUGGUCCUGGCAGCAAAUCACUUCGGUCGAUUUUUCACGGGUCAAAUCACAGCUGCUGGUAAAGUUCCUCCAGCAAAGGUGCUGAUCAUUGGAGGAGGGGUUGCUGGCCUGGCUUCUGCAGGAGCAGCAAAAUCAAUGGGUGCAGUGGUUCGUGGGUUUGAUACUAGAGCUGCAGCCCUGGAGCAGUUCAAGUCUCUUGGUGCUGAGCCUUUGGAAGUAGACAUAAAGGAAUCUGGAGAGGGACAAGGUGGUUAUGCUAAAGAAAUGUCCAAAGAAUUUAUUGAAGCUGAAAUGAAACUCUUUGCCAAACAGUGCCAAGAUGUUGAUAUUAUCAUCACUACAGCACUUAUUCCAGGCAAAAAAGCUCCAAUCUUGUUUAAGAAAGAUAUGAUUGAAUCAAUGAAGGAAGGUUCAGUUGUUGUGGAUUUAGCUGCAGAAGCAGGAGGAAAUAUUGAGACUACAAAGCCUGGAGAAAUGUAUGUUCAUAAGGGUGUUACACACAUUGGGUACACAGAUCUGCCUAGCAGAAUGGCUACUCAGGCCAGUACCCUGUAUUCUAAUAAUAUUAUCAAACUUCUAAAAGCUAUUAGUCCUGAUAAAGAGAACUUCUACUUUGAUCCAAAAGAUGACUUUGACUAUGGGACUCUGGAUCAUGUUAUUAGAGGAACUGUAGUAAUGAAGGAUGGCAAAGUGAUUUUCCCAGCACCUCCACCAAAUAACAUUCCUCAGGGAGCGCCAGUGAAGCAGAAGACUGUAGCAGAGUUGGAAGCAGAAAAAGCAGCUACUAUUACCCCUUUUAGAAAAACCAUGACUACUGCAUCUAUAUACACAGCAGGUUUAGCUGGUAUGUUAGGACUGGGCAUUGUAGCACCUAAUGCUGCUUUCACACAAAUGGUGACGACGUUUGGCCUCUCUGGGAUAGUGGGGUAUCACACAGUCUGGGGUGUGACUCCUGCUCUGCACUCCCCACUCAUGUCUGUGACUAAUGCUAUCUCAGGUCUGACUGCAGUUGGUGGGCUGGUACUGAUGGGAGGACACUAUCUCCCUCAAAACAUUUCCCAAAGCCUAGCAGUGCUUUCAGCCUUUAUAUCUUCAGUCAAUAUUGCAGGUGGCUUUUUAGUUACACAGAGAAUGCUGGAUAUGUUCAAACGUCCCACAGACCCUCCUGAGUACAACUACUUGUACCUGCUCCCUGGUGGUGUAUUUGUAGGAGGCUAUGCAGCUGCUCUCAGCGGUGGCUAUAACAUUGAACAAGUAAUGUAUCUAGGCUCAGGACUGUGCUGUGUUGGUGCCCUGGCUGGUUUGUCUACCCAAGGAACAGCUCGUCUUGGAAAUGCUUUGGGUAUGAUUGGUGUUGCAGGAGGUUUAGCCGCAACUCUUGGAAGCCUUAAUCCCUCGCCUGAAUUGUUGGCACAGAUGUCAGGUGCAAUGGCACUUGGUGGGACCAUAGGUUUGACAAUUGCUAAACGCAUCCAGAUUACAGAUCUGCCUCAGCUAGUGGCUGCUUUCCACAGUUUGGUCGGUUUGGCUGCUGUACUCACCUGUGUAGCAGAGUACAUGAUUGAAUAUCCUCACUUCGCCACUGAUCCUGCUGCAAACCUCACCAAGAUUGUGGCAUAUCUUGGCACAUACAUUGGUGGAGUGACAUUCAGUGGCUCUCUUGUUGCAUAUGGAAAACUGCAAGGUAUCCUGAAUUCUGCACCUCUGCUCUUGCCUGGUCGACAUGCAUUGAAUGCAGGAUUGCUGGCUGCCAGCAUUGGUGGGAUGAUACCCUACAUGAUUGAUCCUUCUUACACCACGGGAAUUACUUGCCUGGGUUCUGUGUCAGCACUCUCAGCCAUAAUGGGUGUCACUUUAACAGCAGCUAUUGGAGGUGCUGACAUGCCUGUGGUUAUUACUGUCCUGAACAGUUACUCUGGAUGGGCUUUGUGUGCUGAGGGCUUUCUCCUGAACAACAACUUGCUGACCAUUGUUGGUGCACUCAUAGGCUCCUCUGGGGCCAUCCUCUCUUACAUCAUGUGUGUGGCUAUGAACCGUUCCCUUGCAAAUGUGAUUCUUGGGGGCUAUGGCACUGCAUCAACAGCUGGUGGGAAACCCAUGGAAAUUACUGGAACUCACACAGAAAUCAAUGUGGACAAUGCAGUUGAAAUGAUAAAAGAAGCCAAUAGUAUUAUUAUUACUCCAGGUUAUGGUUUGUGUGCAGCAAAAGCUCAGUACCCAAUAGCUGAUCUGGUGAAGAUGUUGAGAGAACAAGGGAAAAAUGUCAGGUUUGGUAUUCAUCCUGUGGCUGGCCGUAUGCCUGGUCAGCUGAAUGUACUGCUAGCAGAGGCUGGUGUUCCCUAUGAUAUUGUGCUGGAAAUGGAUGAAAUCAAUGAAGACUUCCCAGAAACUGACUUGGUCCUUGUAAUUGGUGCAAAUGAUACAGUUAAUUCAGCAGCUCAGGAAGAUCCAAACUCUGUCAUAGCUGGAAUGCCAGUUCUUGAGGUCUGGAAGUCGAAACAGGUCAUUGUAAUGAAGAGAUCUCUGGGAGUUGGUUAUGCAGCGGUGGACAAUCCCAUCUUCUACAAGCCCAAUACUGCCAUGUUGUUGGGAGAUGCUAAAAAGACCUGUGAUGCCCUGCAGGCCAAAGUCAGGGAAUCGUACCAAAGCUAAAUACUGAUUUAUAUUCUGCUCAUAUUUCCGACUACAGUUUUGUCACAGAGGUCACAGAAAAUGAGAGGUGGAAGAAUCUCUCAAUGUCCUAAGGCAGCUGGCUUUUGGAGAAGGCUGCAUUGACUCCUAGGAGAUGUAGUUCAGUCAGGGGAUAUAGACUUUUCUAAAAAGAUGGGCAGAUUAGCCCUUCAGACUAAAUCUCCAAUGAGACAAUGCAUAAAAGAAUGAAAAUGUUCUUUUUAACAUUUUCACUUGUGCUGUUACAAGAAGGAACUAAUAACUCACGCCCAUCUUUAAGUAGUUACUGACUUCCUCCUCCUUACUGUCUGUAUUUCUGUCAUGGAAAUUCACUAAAAAAUACUGUGCCAAAACUGUAUUCAAUCUUAUCAUCAAAGCUGUUUUUUGGCUGGUAUGGACAAUGCAACUGUUGAUUUCAUCAAAACUUAAAAAUAAAUUUCAAACAGAUGCAAGCAGAAGCAAAUUCUUGCAUGUCCCUUCAAACUCAGGACAUUCUCUGAAAUAGAUGUGUACAUGAUGCGAGAUCUAAGCAUAAUGUUCUUUUUCUUUUGGGGAUUGUAUGGAUGCUGUGAAUCAGGAACAUUUUAGGAAAGUCACUUUUCUUUAAAAUACGGUUCCACUUUUUAUGGUGCACACAUAUGUUAAAUGAAACACAGGAUAUCAGGCACUUGCCAAGUAAUCUUCAAGUCUGACAAGGAAAUGUACAUUUACUUGCACUGCUUACCUAUUUUAAGCAGCUUCUAAAUUCUCCAUCAUUUCCAGUCAUUGCUUUUUAAGUGUUUGAGAAAAAGUAUGGUCCAGUUCUGCACAGGCAGAAUGUCUUGCAUAACUGAUCUGUCCACAGAAUUUGGACCCCAGUGUUUCAGUUUAUUCACUUAGUUUUUAAUUGUACUUACUGCUUUAGUAGUAGUGAUGCUUAGUGAUGCUUUCUUGUGAUGCUGAAAAAAACACAUUUGAACUCACUGUCUAUUCUGUUCUUGUGAGAUCCCACCUGGAUUGCUGUCUUCAGCUCUGGGGCCACCAACACAAGAAAGAUGUUGACCUGUUGGAACAAAUCCAGAGGAGGCCGCUAAGCUGAUCACAGGCCCUGAGCACCUCUGCUGUGAACACAGGCAGAGAGAGCUGGGAGUGCUCAGCGGGGAGCAGAGAAGGCAUCGGUGACACCUUGUAGCACCUUCCAGUACCUAAAAGGGGCCCCAAAGAGGGCGGGAGAAGGACUUUUCACAUGGGCAUGUAGUGACAGGACAGAGGGGAAUGGCUUCAGACUGACAGAGGACAGGCUUAGACUAGAUGUUAAGAAAUUCUUUGCUGUGAGUGUGGUGAGGCACUGGAACAGGUUCCCAGAGAAGCUGUGGAUGCCCCCUCCCUGGAAUUGCUCAUGACCAAGGCUGUAUGGGGCUCUGAGCAACCUUGUCUAGUGGAAGGUUCCCGGCCCAUGGGAUUCCAAUUGCACCUGGAUGGUCUUUAAGGUCCCUUACAACCCAGGCCAUUCUAUGCUUCUAUAUUUGAGAUGCUGACGUUCAUUAGAAUUUUUCUAAAUAAAUAAGCUAUUGUUGGGACAGCAAAGACACAUACUAAACUUAAAAGCCAGUGUUUUGAUUGUUUGACUUUUCACUAAUCUCAUUAAAAGCACUGUUUAAUUUCCAUAAUAAGUCCAACAAAUUUAAAUUAUGACAUAGAGUGCUGUUUUGUUUUUUUUAUUUUAGUAAGUAUCCUCAACUGAAAUUCAAAUAUUUGCCUAAUAACAUGGAUUUGUCAUAUUUCCAUAAUGAUAUAGCAGCUGUCCAUUGUGAAAAGGCAAAAUAGAAAUCACUGUCCUCAUGUUAGAUAAGACAAACUAUUUUGAAGAAAGUCUUGAAAUUAAUGCAUCUUGGUUAAGAAAACAAACAUUAUUAUACCAUGCAUAGAGACCUCAUAUAAAAUACAGCAUUUCUUCUUGGCUACCUCUGUUUUUAUGUGAAGAUCACUUAAAACACAGAUUUUGAACAGGUAAUACAUUAAAAAUGUAACAAUAUACAGCAGAUCUAUCAUUUUUGCAGAUCUCUUUUCUAUGAUUUGACAUAAAAUUUUUCAUGCAAGCACUAAUAUGUUGUAUACUGCAGGAAAAGGCUUGUAAUUGAAUCUUAAUUUAAAACAUUGUGACAGCUAUAUUUGAAUGUAGCAUGUAUGGCCUCUCAAUUUCAUUGCAUUCAACUUUUCCUUCAGGUCUAUAAAAAAUAGGAGGGAAAUUGGAGAAGAGGGAAGACAAAAAAUUAAUUCUCCAUCUCCCUCCCAGUUAAGCAAAAGAAAAAAGGGGGAUAUGAAGGGAUCUAAUAUGCUAAAGCAUUAAUUUUUGUCUUGUCAGACUUGAAGUAUCCAGUUGCAGUAUGCAUCAUGUGCAUUCAUAGAUAGCUAAUAAAAGAUCUAACUUUUCUUUAAAAAAUAGCAAAUGGGGGAGGGGGAACACAUUUUCAUUUGUACUUGGGAGAAAAACCCCAUUCUGUUACUUUGGAUCAGUAGUAUCACGGUUCUCUUUAACAUGUGCUUUACCGUGGAAUGCUAGAUAAUUGCUGAAGUGCUAAUAAAAAGUCAGUUAUUUUUCUCUGUUGA